AUGUUGGAUUGGGGCCCGGUUUUCGUGUCGCUUGUGCUUUUUGUAUUGUUAACGCCCGGGUUGCUGUUUGAGCUGCCAGGACACAGGCGUUGCGUUGAGUUUGGCACUUUUCAGACCAGCGGAGCUGCCGUCCUCAUGCAUGCAUUGCUUUACUUUGGCUUCAUCUGCCUCUUCUUGUUUGCCGUCAAGAUCCAUCUCUAUGUUAAUUAG